UAUCCGUUCUUGCCUGGCAGGUGAGUUGAAUCGUUUUUCCAGCCCUCUCUCAACAACCUACUGAAUAACUUAUUUUCAAACACUUUCUGGACUAAUCACAUAUCUGUGGUCCAAACUGGCAUAGAUUAAAAAACAUAUCUGCAUAAAUUAACCCUUUUAGGGACAGAUGUUACGACAACGGACAUCUUAUCAUGUUGUCUGGUUACAGGGUGCAUGAAAUGGUUCAACUUAGCUUCCAGUGAAGUUUGUAAGUUAUGAACUUUUUAUGUGGUUGAUUCGCAUUUUAUUGUCCUUCUUUCUUUUUUUUUGCGGUCUGUUAAUUUCAUAGUCUGGAGGUCUCUGGGCGUUUCUCUUGAGUGCUUUUGAGAUGUAAAGUUGCACACAAAAAAGGCUGUUCCACGUCAUUUUUAGCAGAGUUGAAGCAACCGUAGGCUGUUUUUACAUUCCUUCUUGAAGAUAUCCCAGGAAUGUUGCUUUGGUCACCAAAUAAACAGAAACGUGACCCAAAGAGGCCAGAGCGCAGAGCGUGAGCAGCCAACCUGCAUUGACGCUCCUCUAGAUGAUUUCAUUUGUUGCAGCUGUGAAUGUGUAUGUUGUGUAUGAAUGUGUAACAGAGGAUUUUCAUGACCUUGCUGCCAUGAGUCAUUGCCAAGUAUCCUCGCGCUGCUUCUUCCAGAAACAAUGAAGAGGCUGAUCCUCGAUGUGGACACGGGAGUGGAUGAUGCUCAGGCCAUCAUGAUGGCCCUGGCAGCUCCCAACGUGGAGAUAUUGGGGAUCACCUGCACUCACGGCAACACUCCCCUACAGAACGUCCUGAGGAACACCCUCCGUGUCUUGAAAAUCUGCAACAGGCUCGAUAUAAAGGUGUACCCGGGCUUUGAGGAGCCUCUACUGUGCAACAAAAUACAUGCAGGAGAUUUUCAUGGGAAGGACGGGCUGGGUGAUGCCCCCGAUCCAGAUGCCCCGGGCCUGGAACUGGUGCAGAAAACAAAUGCUGUGGAGGCCAUCAUUUCCAUUUCCAACCAAAAUCCUGGGGAGGUGAUCCUGGUCGCAACAGGGCCCCUCACCAACCUGGCACUUGCUGUCAAAAUGGACCCGUCCUUGCCCGCCAGACUGAAGGGCAUCUCCAUCAUGGGAGGCAACAUAGAAUCAAGAGGGAACACGACCGUGUGUGGAGAAUUUAACUUUCUGGCUGACCCUGAGGCAGCCUACAUUGUUCUGGAACGCUACACCUGCCCCACCACAAUCUCCUCAUGGGAGUUCAGCUGCAGGAACAGCCUGCCGUGGUCCUUCUGUGAUACCUGGCUUGCCCAAGACACUCCAAAGGCUCGUUUUAUGCAGGCCAUCUAUGCACACACCCGCAAGAUAGUUCAGACAGAUCGGUAUCAAAAGGAGCUGGUGUCAGGACCUGGAUUCAACACGUGUGACACCUAUGCUCUGGCUGCAGCCAUCAGUGACAACGUGGUGACGGAAAGCGAGAAGGUGGCCGUUACGGUGGAGCUGGAGGGAAAAAACACCAGAGGCAUGAUGGUCCUGGACUACAUUGACGCGCUGCACAAGGAGCAUAAGGUCACCAUCUUGAAGAAAGUGGAUCUCGAAGUGUUCCAGCAACUGCUGAUGAAUGCACUGAAGUAGCAGCCGCUUAGCCAUCAUUUUAGAAGCGGAGGCAAUAGUGGUUGCUAGUUACAUGUACUGUAUGUGUUAUCCAGUUGACCAUUUUUUCCCCCGCAAAACACCCAACUGUUGUUAAGCACGCCUCUUUGAAUAAAGUUCAGUGAAGGUGAUAAAUGUACAUUAUUAACUCCAUAUAAAUCUGCUCUAUUAUUUUCCA